AUGACUAAGCUUAUAGUAACACCUUUCAUUAUUUUCCUCCUCUCUUCUAUACUUAUAUUCAUAAAAUCAUCAAAUGCAUCAACAACCUACAAUGUAUUAACCUUUGGUGCAAAACCAAAUGGCCAAAUUGAUGCAACUCAGCCAUUUCUAAAUGCAUGGGGAGCUGCAUGCACCUCAGUCGAACCAACGACGAUUUACGUUCCGAAGGGACGUUAUUUAAUAAAAGAAGCAACAUUUAGAGGUCCAUGUAAAAAUAAAAUUAUUGUUAAGAUUGAUGGAACUCUUGUUGCACCAUUGGAUUAUUGGGACAUUGGCAACUCUGGCUACUGGAUUUUGUUUAUUAAGGUUAAUGGGAUUUCAGUUAUUGGUGGAAAUAUUGAUGCUAAAGGAGAUGGUUUUUGGGCUUGUAGGAAGUCAGGCAACAAUAAUUGUCCAGUUGGAGCUAGGUCUAUAACCUUCAAUUGGGCUAAUGAUGUUGUGAUAAGUGGCUUACUAUCAAUCAACAGCCAGGUAACACACCUUGUUAUCAAUAGUUGCAACAAUGUAAUGGUUAAAAAUGUAAAAAUAAUAGCCCCAGACCAAAGCCCAAACACAGAUGGCAUUCAUGUUCAAUCAUCAACAAAUGUUACUAUCAUUGGUUGUAGAAUCAAAACUGGAGAUGAUUGUAUAUCUAUUGGUCCUGGUACAACAAAUCUUUGGAUGGAGAAAAUUUUAUGUGGACCUGGACAUGGUGUUAGCAUUGGAAGUCUAGGAAGGGAAUAUGAAGAAGAUGGGGUGCAAAAUGUGACAUUAUCUUAUUCUAUAUUCACAGGAUCUGAUAAUGGAUUAAGAAUAAAAUCUUGGGCUAGACCUAGCACAAGUUUUGUUAAAAAUAUUAAUUAUCGUAAUAUAGUCAUGAAGUACGUUGAUAAUCCAAUCAUUAUUGAUCAGAAUUAUUGCCCAAACAGCCAAGAUUGUCCACAACAGACUUCUGGUGUGAAGAUUAGUGAAGUAACAUACAAAAAUAUAGAAGGGACAUCAACAACUGAAGUUGCUAUGAAUUUCGACUGCAGCCCAAGCAAUCCAUGCCAAGGAAUUCAGUUACAAGACAUAAAGCUCACUUAUAUGAACAAAAAAGCAAAAUCAUUUUGCAACAACAUUCAAGGAACUAAAAAAGGAGUCAUUUUGCCUGAUACUUGUAUAUGA